CUCUUUCUGUCUGUCUGUCCAGCUCACUUCAAUGAGUCUCGCGACCACAGGCGAGAGAGAGAGAGCAGCGCGCGCUCGUUUGGCUUUACCCUCAAUAAACUCUCUUAACUUAAAUGCGUCACAACAUUUAAGCUUCAUAUAACUACAGAAAUCAUGGGUUGCAAAAAAUCCAAGCUGGACGACGGCCAGAACGGAGGCAUGCUUGGCGUAAAGCGAAGAGAGUCUCCACGUACUGAAAAAACGGUAUAUGUGAGAGAUCCAACCUCCCCUAAACCACACACUAUAAAUAACUCUCCUCCUCCUGGACUAUUGCCUGGUCAGAUGUUCCAAAAAAUGGAAGAGCAAAGUGAGCCAGGCAAAAUAGUCAUCGCUCUGUACCCAUAUGAAGCCAUACACACCGAUGACUUGGGAUUUAAAAAGGGAGAAAAGCUGAGGGUCCUUGAAGAACAUGGAGAAUGGUGGAAGGCCAAGUCUCUGAGCACCAGAAAAGAAGGGUUCAUCCCCUCCAAUUACGUGGCCCAGGCUGACACCAUGGAGACGGAGGAAUGGUUCUUCAAGGAAAUCACGAGGAAAGACGCAGAGAGACAGCUGUUAGCACCUGCUAACAAACCCGGUGCUUACCUCAUCCGAGAGAGUGAAACUUCGAAAGGAAGUUAUUCAUUGUCCAUCAGGGAUGCGGGUCCACAAGGUUCAGAUGUUGUGAAACAUUAUAAAAUCCGCAGCCUGGAUAACGGCGGUUACUACAUUUCCCCCAAAAUCACAUUCCCCGAUAUAAUCAAAAUGAUACAUCAUUAUCACAAGCAAGCCGAUGGACUGUGCCGCAAGCUAGAAAGGCCGUGUGAGAAGCCUAAAGCUCAGAAGCCUUGGGACAAGGACGCCUGGGAGAUUUCCAAGGAGUCCAUCAAGAUGGUGAAGAAGCUGGGGGCGGGGCAGUUUGGAGAGGUGUGGAUGGCCUAUUACAACAACACCACUAAAGUGGCAGUGAAGACGCUCAAGCCUGGCACCAUGUCUGUGGAGGCGUUCCUGGAGGAAGCCAACCUGAUGAAGACCCUCCAGCACGAGCGACUGGUGCGGCUCUAUGCUGUGGUCACCAAAAUCGAGCCCAUCUACAUUAUCACAGAGUUCAUGGCCAAUGGCAGCUUGCUGGACUUCUUAAAAAGUGACGCUGGUUCCAAACUCCAGCUCCCCAAGCUGAUAGACUUCUCAGCUCAGAUAGCAGAGGGCAUGGCCUACAUUGAGAAGAAGAAUUACAUCCACAGAGACCUGAGGGCGGCCAACGUGCUGGUGUCUGAAAGCCUGCUGUGUAAAAUCGCUGAUUUUGGCCUGGCCAGAGUCAUUGAGGACGACCAAUACACAGCCAGAGAAGGAGCCAAGUUCCCCAUCAAAUGGACCGCUCCAGAAGCCAUCAACUACGGCUCGUUCACCAUCAAGUCCGAUAUGUGGUCGUUUGGGAUCCUCCUGUAUGAAAUUAUAACCUACGGAAAGAUCCCUUAUCCAGGAAUGAGUAACGGUGAGGUGAUGACGUCUGUGCAGCGUGGGUACCGGAUGCCCCGUCCUGAAAGCUGCCCCACUGAACUCUACGACAUUAUGAACACCUGCUGGAAAAAUAAGCCGGAUGACCGACCCACCUUCGACUACAUCCAGAGCGUACUGGAUGAUUUCUACACCGCCACUGAGGGGCAGUACCAGCAGCAGCCAUGAGGACCCGCAAUAGCCCUUUAAUGGUGCUAAUGAGAACAGUAAAGAAAAUACAUGCGAGGUCAUGUAAACUGUAAAUAGGACUAAUAUUCUGCCUCCGUCAGCUUGCUUAUGUUUAAGCAAGAUCAAACUGAUUCUUCAAAUUGAAGUUUUAUCUGCCUGCCUGUAAAACGAAGCUCUAGUGUAUGUUAUUAUUUUUUUAAUGUAUUUUCUCUGUUUGAAUUUUAGUGACUACAGUUUUAAACCAUUAAAGAGAACGACCAGUCAGUUCAUGUUGUAAUGGUUUAGAAAUUUAUUGAAUAUGAUUGACGUUUCACUGAUACAUUUUCCAAUCAAAUAUUAUUUUGCCGGCUGUGUGUAAUAAUCUGGAAUUAAAGGAGCAGUAUGUGAGAACUGGAAUUUCUGACUUCUGGGCUCCGUCUACAUUCAGCAAGUGGAAUUCAGGCUUUUCAGGGACACGCUUUACACAUGCAUUUCUGGACAAGCUGAGAGAUACAGGAGCAUCACUAUAAGUUAAAAAGAAGCAUGUUCACUGAGGUGGUUCAGUAAUAUGACCGAUUCGACUGUACACAAAUAAAACUCACUGACUUACAGUAGGUAGUGUUACACAGUUCUCACGAACACAAACAUGUCUUAUCCGCUUCACCAGAGUUACACAAUGAAGUUAGCAGCGUGACCCUGGAGUAGUGAUGAUGUAGACGCUAUUCUCCACAAAUAUUUAGUGAAGCGUCAAUAUGAUUUUAAAACUAAUAUUUUAUGGUAAAAAUGAUACUGUAUAUUGCUUUGAGAAACACAUCCAUUGUCUUGUCUCCAAUGGUACUAAAUUAAAAUGAAUUAAAAAGCACUCACUUUAACUCAAAACUCUGUAAUGAAUGAAGGCCCUGUGCUGUAAUUGUAGCUUUUCUCUGUACAUCUUUAAAUGAUUUAAAUGAUUGUUGAUAAUGUUUGUCUUUUGCACAUAAAUUAUUAUAUUUCUGAAUGGUAUCCUUUAUUUUGAUUUACAUUUUCUGUACAUGUGUAAAUUUCUUACGAUGAAUUAAUUAAACAGUGAACCAGAA